AUGUUUACUAAAGUUAUUAUUUUGAUAUUUCUGAAUGGUUUUUUUCCUUAUUCAUCCAUUAUUUAAAAGGUAAUAAUAUUAAAUUUUAUUAGCAUAAUUGCUUAGUCUUAUAUGUUCAUCCAAAAAAAGUUUUAUAGCCAUCUUUAGUUUAGAUGAUAAGGAAUUAAACUGAAAAAUCAAAGAAGAUUUUUGAUGAAAGAAUUUUAGAAAAUAUUUGA